AUGUCUGAUUCCGAAGAUCCUCUUGACCAGAUUGACGAAAUUGCCGAUGACCUCUUUGGCGAUGAUGAUGACGCUAGAUCACCCGCGCCUCGUGUUCUCGACGAUGAUGACCUAGCUUCAGAUCCCGAAGACACAGACGAACGCCGACACUAUGGCGAAGACGAUACCCAAGUUCAGCAUGAAACCAAAGAAAAGCUUGUCAUGGCUGUGCAAGCGUAUCGCCAUCGAGUCCCGAAACCCAAGGACAAUAUUCUCCGUGUUAUGCGCGUCCCAAACUUCAUAAAAAUCAUGCCCGAGGAAUAUGUCUCCGAAAAGUUUCAACCUACCGAAUUCGAUACCGCCAACGCCAAGCAAGAACACCCUGCCCAUGUUGCAAGAGUGCGCCGAAACGAUAGCACAGGCCUACUUCACAGCAAUGCGAAUAUCUACCGGUGGAGCGAUGGAUCUAUAACUAUUGGCAUCGGAGGUGAACACUUUGAGGUUCAAACGAAAGCUUUGGCACCAGGUCCUGGACAGCCUUACGACGAACUCAAGGACGGGCACUAUUACGCGGCGGCUGCAGAAUUGAGCAGCAAUCUGCUCAUGACCGUUGGGCAUGUCACUGAGCAAUUCAACGUGCGGCCGAAUAAGGGUGGUGGUGACGAUGCGCUGGCCCUCCUUGCUCAGCGCAUGCAGCAGGCCAGCAAGACUGUCAACGAGGACGACAUGAUUAUCCGCACAACCAGAGAUCCGGAACUACAAAAGAAGGAGGCUGAAAUGGCAGAAAAGGAACGCAACAAGGCACAAAGACGUCGCGAAAACGCGGCCGCCAAGAUGGAUGGCCUCGGACGGUACAGCAGAGGAGGGGGCCUUUCGAUUGGCGACCUGGAGGGUGGCCGCAGGGGUGCCGGAUCAGGGCGCAAAAGAGGCCAACCUGGCUCGAAGCCCAAGCGCAGAAAUGCAGAAUAUGAUUCUGAUGAUGAUCUGCCGCAGGGCGUUAGCAGACAGGAAGACUACGACAUGGACGACGGCUUCCUUGUCGGCAGCGACGAUGAGGAGGAGGUGGAGAGUGAGGCUGACGACGACGAAGAGCUGCUGGACGACGAGGAUGAUCGUCGGCGCCGCAAGUCCAAAAAGCGCAAAACCCGUCGUUCAGAGGACGAGGACGCUUCUGGUGAUGAGGUGGUCGAAACGUCUGGGCGAGCCAGACGACGCAACGUGGUGGACGAUGAUGACGAAUGA